AUGCCAACAGUGGUCCAGUAUAUCACACAGAUGCAGAAUGAGCGGCGCAACCAGCGCUUGCUGAUGAGCAACCCCAUGAUCGCUCAGUACAAGAACAUUGAGAACUCAAGGCAGCAGCGUGCCUCGCCUGCCCCCAACAUGAACUUCCCGGACCCCAACCUGGCCCCGCCGGGCAUGCCGCCGCCGUUCUACCCGCAGAUGCCCAACAACCCCAUGAUGCGCCCGCCGAGCUCGCAACCAGGCGCAAACUUCAACGGCCAGCAGCAGAUGACGCCGCAGCAGAUGGAGGCCAUGAGCAAUGACCAGAUGAACGACCACAUGAACGGCCUGUGGCGCGGUCCACCGCAAUCUGGCAUGCCUCAGCAGCCCUUGGCGAUGGGCGGUCCGGUAUCCCUUAAGAAGAAGGCUACAAGAGAUAACAAGAUAGCGAUUCAGAAGCCCGCGCCAAAGAAAGAGCCAAACGCAAGAACUACCCCCGCCCCGUCUGCCAGCGAAGGAGUACCUACGCCCACGCCUUCCACACCUAUCACCCCGAUGCACGCCAAAUCAUUUAACCCUAAUGGCCAGCCACAACAAGCGCCGCUACGAGCCCAACACCAACCUCAGCAACCUCCACAGCAGCAGCAACCUAUACGCAACGACACGCCCUUUAGUAACCUCGCAGCCAACGACGUCGACAUUGGCGUCAAAUUCGGCGAUAUUGAUGCCGAAACCGCGCUUGACAACUUCGAUUUCGAUUCUUUCCUGCAUGUUGAAAACGAGGAAAGGAAUGAAAGGCCUCCAAUUUCGUCGAAUCAGGCACUGCCAACAUCGAAUCAGGCGAACGAGGUAGCUCCUAGAAAGAAGGGUACCAAAGGCAACAAGGUACAGUAG